UUGUGGCGGGCUCGGAGCGGCUUCGUGCAGGAAAGCGCCGCCGCAGGUGAACUGGGGCCUUGCUCGGGUAACGGCCACGUGCGGAGAGGUGGCAUAGUCCCCCAGGACCCGCCGCAGAGUAGGGGGAGCAAGCCCAGUUCCCCGCCCUGCUUCUACUGGACGGGACUGGGCGGGGCGGCCCGAGCCAGGAAACCUGCCGCGGGGGCGGGGCGGCCGCUCCACCUGCCCCAGCGCCGCGAGCAGGACAGGAGGCGGAGGCCGCGCCAUGGCCUCCCGCGCGCUUGCAGCAGACUACAGCCGAGGCGCCGACCAGGUGUGCUACGGAUUCUAUCCUCCAGGAAGCUCUAAAAAGUCUGACACAAAUGCAAGUUACCUCCGGGCUGCUCGAGCUGGUAACUUAGAAAAAGCUCUUGACUACUUGAAAAGUGGAGUGGACAUCAACAUUUGCAAUCAGAAUGGGUUGAACGCUCUCCAUCUUGCUUCCAAAGAAGGACAUGUAGAAGUUGUCUCAGAACUGAUACAGCGAGGUGCCAAUGUGGAUGCAGCAACAAAGAAAGGAAACACAGCAUUGCACAUAGCAUCCUUGGCUGGGCAGACAGAAGUAGUUAAAGUGUUGGUUGCAAAUGCGGCCAAUGUCAAUGCACAGUCUCAGAAUGGAUUCACUCCAUUGUAUAUGGCCGCCCAAGAAAAUCACCUUGAAGUUGUUAAGUUUCUUCUUGACAAUGGUGCAAGUCAGAGUCUUGCUACAGAGGAUGGGUUCACCCCUUUGGCAGUAGCUUUGCAACAAGGCCAUGACCAGGUGGUUUCACUGUUGCUUGAAAAUGAUACAAAGGGAAAAGUUCGUCUUCCUGCUCUUCACAUUGCUGCCCGCAAGGAUGACACAAAGGCUGCUGCUCUGCUGCUGCAGAAUGAUCAUAAUGCUGAUGUGGAAUCAAAGAGUGGCUUCACACCGCUGCACAUAGCUGCUCACUAUGGAAAUAUCAAUGUAGCGACAUUGCUGUUAAAUCGAGGAGCUGCUGUGGACUUCACUGCAAGGAAUGACAUCACUCCAUUACAUGUCGCAUCCAAGAGAGGAAAUGCUAAUAUGGUCAAACUCCUGCUUGAUCGAGGAGCUAAAAUUGAUGCCAAAACAAGGGAUGGGCUGACCCCUCUCCACUGUGGAGCAAGAAGUGGCCAUGAACAGGUGGUCGAAAUGCUGCUUGAUCGUGGUGCCCCUAUUCUUUCAAAGACCAAGAAUGGUUUGUCUCCGUUGCAUAUGGCAACACAAGGAGAUCAUCUAAACUGUGUUCAGCUUCUGAUUCAGCACAACGUGCCUGUUGAUGAUGUCACUAAUGACUAUCUGACUGCACUGCAUGUUGCCGCCCACUGUGGCCACUACAAAGUUGCCAAGGUUCUCUUGGACAAAACAGCUAAUCCUAAUGCCAAAGCACUGAAUGGCUUCACACCUCUUCACAUUGCCUGCAAGAAGAACAGAAUUAAAGUUAUGGAGCUUCUCCUGAAACAUGGUGCAUCUAUCCAAGCUGUAACUGAGUCGGGCCUAACUCCAAUCCAUGUUGCUGCCUUCAUGGGACAUGUAAAUAUUGUAUCACAAUUAAUGCAUCAUGGUGCAUCACCCAACACCACCAAUGUGAGAGGAGAAACAGCACUACAUAUGGCUGCCAGAGCUGGCCAAACAGAAGUUGUUCGAUACCUAAUACAAAAUGGAGCUCAGGUAGAAGCUAAAGCUAAGGAUGACCAAACACCACUGCACAUUUCUGCCAGACUGGGAAAAGCUGAUAUAGUGCAGCAAUUAUUACAACAAGGAGCAUCUCCAAAUGCAACUACAACUUCUGGUUAUACUCCCCUCCAUUUGUCUGCUCGAGAAGGGCAUGAAGAUGUAGCCUUAGUUCUUUUGGAUCAUGGUGCAUCUUUAGCUAUAAUUACCAAGAAAGGAUUUACUCCUCUUCAUGUGGCUUCAAAAUAUGGCAAAAUUGAAGUAGCCAACCUUCUGCUUCAGAAGAACGCAUCUCCGGAUGCUGCUGGAAAGAGUGGUUUAACUCCACUGCAUGUAGCUGCACACUAUGAUAAUCAGAAAGUGGCACUUCUGCUUUUGGACCAGGGAGCUUCACCUCAUGCUUCUGCAAAGAAUGGUUAUACUCCACUGCAUAUAGCUGCCAAGAAAAACCAGAUGGAUAUAGCAACAACAUUGCUUGAAUAUGGUGCUGACGCUAAUGCUGUAACCAGACAGGGUAUUGCUCCUGUUCAUCUUGCAGCCCAGGAGGGCCAUGUGGACAUGGUGUCAUUACUCCUUACUAGAAAUGCUAAUAUGAAUCUUAGCAACAAGAGUGGAUUGACACCGCUUCACCUGGCUGCUCAAGAGGACCGAGUAAACGUAGCAGAGGUUCUUGUUAACCAAGGGGCUGUUACUGAUGCACAAACAAAGAUGGGAUACACUCCAUUACAUGUUGGCUGCCACUAUGGAAACAUAAAGAUUGUUAAUUUCCUUCUGCAACAUUUUGCUAAAGUUAACGCCAAAACAAAGAAUGGAUACACACCCCUACAUCAGGCAGCUCAACAGGGACACACCCAUAUCAUUAAUGUCUUACUCCAGCAUGGUGCUUCGCCCAAUGAACUCACUGUGAAUGGGAACACUGCCCUUGCCAUUGCUAAACGGCUUGGCUACAUUUCAGUUGUUGACACACUGAAGGUGGUGACAGAAGAGACUAUGACUACAAUUACUGUCACAGAAAAGCAUAAAAUGAAUGUACCAGAAACUAUGAAUGAAGUCCUUGAUAUGUCUGAUGAUGAAGCAGUUCGUAAAGCCAAUGUUCCUGAAAUUCUCAGUGAUGGUGAAUAUAUAUCAGAUGUUGAAGAAGGUGAAGAUGCAAUGACAGGUGACACAGACAAGUAUCUUGGACCUCAGGAUCUAAAAGAGUUGGGAGAUGAUUCCCUGCCUGCUGAAGGAUACAUGGGCUUUAGUCUAGGAGCCCGCUCUGCCAGCCUCCGCUCCUUCAGUUCGGAUAGGUCUUACACUCUGAACCGAAGUUCUUAUGCACGGGACAGCAUGAUGAUUGAAGAGUUGCUGGUGCCACCAAAGGAUCAGCACCUGUCAUUCCCAAGGGAAUUUGAUUCUGAUUCACUCAGACAUUAUAGCUGGGCUGCAGACACCUUGGACAAUGUAAACCUUGUCUCAAGUCCCAUCCAUUCUGGUUUUCUGGUUAGUUUUAUGGUUGAUGCACGUGGGGGUUCAAUGAGGGGUAGUCGCCAUCAUGGAAUGAGAAUUAUUAUUCCACCACGCAAAUGUACAGCACCCACCCGCAUCACCUGUCGAUUGGUAAAGAGACAUAAACUGGCCAGCCCACCACCAAUGGUUGAAGGAGAAGGAUUAGCCAGUAGACUAGUAGAAAUGGGGCCUGCAGGUGCCCAAUUUUUAGGCCCUGUUAUAGUGGAAAUUCCACAUUUUGGAUCAAUGCGAGGAAAGGAAAGAGAAUUAAUUGUCCUUCGAAGUGAAAAUGGUGAAACAUGGAAGGAGCACCAGUAUGACAGCAAACAUGAAGGUUUAAAUGAAAUACUUAAUGGCAUGGAUGAAGAGCUGGAUAGUGCUGAGGAACUGGAAAAGAAGCGUAUCUGCAGAAUCAUAACAAAGGAUUUUCCUCAGUACUUUGCAGUGGUUUCACGAAUUAAGCAAGAAAGUAACCAAAUUGGUCCUGAGGGAGGUGUCUUGAGUAGCACAACAGUGCCACGGGUCCAAGCUUCCUUCCCUGAGGGAGCUCUAACCAAAAGAAUCCGAGUGGGCCUCCAGGCACAACCAGUUCCAGAUGAGAUUGUCAAAAAAAUCCUUGGAAACAAAGCAACUUUCAGUCCCAUUGUCACUGUGGAACCAAGAAGAAGAAAAUUUCAUAAGCCAAUAACCAUGACAAUUCCUGUGCCACCCCCAUCAGGAGAAGGUGUAACCAAUGGGUACAAAGGAGACACCACUCCAAGCCUUCGACUUUUAUGUAGCAUUACAGGAGGUACUUCACCUGCGCAAUGGGAGGAUAUUACAGGAACCACUCCACUGACAUUUAUAAAUGAUUGCGUCUCUUUCACAACUAACGUUUCAGCCAGAUUUUGGCUUGCAGAUUGUCAUCAAUUACUAGAAACUGUGGGGCUGGCCACACAGCUUUAUAGAGAAUUAAUAUGUGUUCCUUAUAUGGCCAAGUUUGUGAUAUUUGCCAAAAUGAAUGACCCAGUGGAAUCCAACUUGCGAUGCUUCUGCAUGACUGAUGAUAAAGUAGACAAAACUUUGGAGCAACAAGAGAAUUUUGAAGAAGUUGCAAGAAGCAAAGAUAUUGAGGUUCUGGAAGGAAAACCCAUUUAUGUUGACUGUUAUGGAAAUCUAGCCCCUUUGACAAAAGGAGGGCAGCAGCUUGUUUUUAAUUUUUAUGCUUUCAAGGAAAACAGACUGCCAUUCUCUAUCAAGAUUAGAGAUACCAGCCAAGAACCUUGUGGUCGUUUAUCAUUUUUGAAAGAACCAAAGACUACAAGAGGACUGCCACAAACAGCUAUUUGCAACUUGAAUAUAACUCUACCAGCACACAAAAAGGAAACAGAGUCAGAUCAAGAUGAUGAGACGGAGAAAGCAGACCGGCGUCAGAACUUUGUCUCUCUUGCUUUACGUAAGCGCUACAGCUAUCUGACUGAGCCUGGAAUGAAAACAGUUGAACGGAGUGCAGGAGCAACAAGAACCCUACCCGCUACUUAUUCAUACAAGCCAUUCUUUUCAACAAGACCAUAUCAGUCAUGGACAGCCGCUCCAAUUACAGUGCCUGGGCAACCCAAAUCAGGCUUCACUUCCCUAUCAAGCUCUUCCUCUAACACUCCUACAGCUUCCCCAUUAAAAUCAAUAUGGUCUGUUUCUUCUGCUUCUCCAAUCAAAUCCACAUUAGGAGCUUCUACUACUUCUUCGGUUAAAUCUGUUAGCGAUGUAGCAUCUCCAAUUAGAUCCUUUCGGACAAUUUCUUCACCAAUAAAAACUGUUGUAUCACAGCCUCCAUAUAAUAUCCAAGUUUCUUCUGGUUCUUUCAUCAGAGCUCCCACAGUAACAGAAGCCACUAAUUUAAAAGGGCUGGCAUCCACUUCAACAUUUCCCUGUCGGACAUCUCCAGUGACUACAGCAGGGUCUCUUUUGGAGAGAUCAUCCAUUACCAUGACGCCUCCAGCAUCCCCCAAAUCAAACAUUAACAUGUAUUCUUCAAGUUUGCCAUUUAAAUCAAUCAUCACAUCAGCAUCACCACUUUUAUCUUCUCCUCUAAAAUCAGUGGUAUCUCCUGCUAAGUCAGCAGUUGAUGCUGUUUCAUCACCUAAAGUCAUGAUGACUUCAUCUCUCUCAUCACCUGUGAAACAUGUAGCUAGUCAUGCAGAUGUAGCAUUGGUUAAUGGAUCUGUGCCACCUCUGAAAUACCCUUCCUCUGCCAAUUUAAUAACAGGAUCCAAAGCCACCGCCACAUUUCAAGACAAGAUCUCUGCAGCUACAAAUUCUGCAAGUUGUGCUGCCAUUGCAGUUGCUGACACAGUUGAGAGAGUGUUUUCGACUACUACUACAAUGUCAUUUUCUCCAGUCAGGUCAUUUAUGUCUUCAGCACCAUCAGCUUUUCAGUCAAUAAGAGCUACUUCUGCAGGUGCACUAUAUACAUCCCUUGGAUCAAUAUCUACAACUACCUCUUCAGUAACUUCAUCAACGAUAACAGUGCCAGUAUAUUCUGUAGUCAAUGUUUUGUCAGAACCAACAUUAAAGAAGCUUCCAGAGUCAUCUUCACUUACAAAAUCAGCAGCUGCAUUAUUGUCACCUAUUAAAACAUUGACUACAGAGGCACAUACACAGUCCCACUUUAGCAGAACUUCAUCUCCAAUAAAAUCUUCCUUAUUUUUAGCACCCUCUGCUCUUAAGUUGUCCACACCAUCUUCUUUAUCCUCUAGUCAGGAGAUAUUGAAAGAUGUUGCUGAAAUGAAGGAGGACUUAAUAAGGAUGACUGCAAUAUUGCAGACAGACGUAACAGAGAACAAGCCAUUCCAACCUGAACUAACUAAAGAGGGUAGAAUUGAUGAUGAAGAGCCUUUUAAAAUUGUUGAGAAAGUAAAGGAGGACUUAGUAAAAGUUAGUGAGAUACUGAAAAAAGAUGUGUGUUUAGAAAAUAAAGGGUCAUCCAAAGUAUCAAAAAGUGAUCAAGGACACUUAUCUGAAGAUGACUGGGUAGAGUUCAGUACAGAGGAGAUUGAUGAAGCAAAACAGCAAACAAAAACAUGUCAUCCUAUAUCUGUUCCAGAAAAAAUGCAAAUUAAAACUAAAGUCAUGUCUGAGAAAGAUUAUAAUUUGUCAAAAGUUAUUGAUUAUUUAACAAAUGAUAUUGGGAGUAGUUCACUAACAAACAUAAAGUACAGGUUUGAAGAAGGGAAAAAAGAAGGUGAAGAGAGACAAAAACGCAUUUUAAAACCAGCCAUUGCUUUACAGGAACAUAAGCUUAAAAUGCCUCCAGCCUCCAUGAGGCCUUCUACUUCAGAAAAAGAAUUAUGUAAAAUUGCAGAUUCCUUUUUUGGAACAGAUACAAUUUUAGAGUCUCCAGAUGAUUUUUCUCAACCUGACCAAGACAAAAGUCCUUUGUCUGACAGUGGGUUUGAAACAAGAAGUGAAAAAACCCCUUCAGCCCCCCAAAGUGCAGAAAGCACAGGGCCAAAACCACUUUUUCAUGAUGUGCCCAUCCCUCCUGUCAUUACAGAAACAAGAACCGAAGUAGUUCAUGUUAUCCGCAGCUAUGAACCUUCAUCAGAAGAGAUUCCAGAGCAGCAAACAGAGGAGCUACCACCAUCAAAACCUGCAUCUACUUUUAUGGAGUUGGAGCAAAAAUCUGCUGGGUCUAUUAAAGAAAAAGUUAAAGCCUUUCAAAUGAAAGCCAGCAACAGUGAAGAAGAUGACCACAAAUGUGUGCUUAGCAAAGGUGUCCGUGUGAAAGAAGAAACUCACAUCACUACUACAACUAGAAUGGUUUAUCAUAAACCUCCAUGUACUGAAAGUACUUCUGAAAGAAUUGAGGAAACAAUGUCCGUUCAUGACAUAAUGAAAGCUUUCCAGUCAGGACGUGACCCUUCCAAAGAACUGGCAGGUUUAUUUGAACAUAAAUCAUCCGUAACAUCAGAUGUUAGCAGAGCUGUUGAAACUUCACAACAACCUGCUGAGAAGGACAGCAAAAUGAAACCCAAACUGGAGCAUAUAAUAGAGGUCCAUAUUGAAAAAGGUAAUCAAGCUGAACCUACUGAAGUCAUUAUUAGAGAAACAAAAAAGCGUCCAGAAAAAGAAAUGUAUGUAUAUCAAAAAGACUUACCACAGGGAGAUUUUAACUUAAAAGAUUUGGAAAAACAUGAUGUUUUUCCUUGUUCAGAUGAACAAGGUCAGCAAGAAGAAGAAGAACUUACAGCUGAAGAAUCACUUCCUUCUUAUUUGGAGUCUUCUAGAGUAAACACUCCUGUGUCCCAGGAAGAAGACAGUCGCCCUAGUUCUGCUCAACUGAUAUCUGAUGACUCUUACAAAACACUGAAGCUUUUGAGUCAGCACUCAAUAGAAUACCAUGAUGAUGAGCUGUCAGAAUUAAGAGGGGAGUCUUACAGGUUUGCUGAGAAAAUGCUUCUUUCAGAAAAGCUAGAUGUAUCUCAUUCUGAUACUGAGGAGUCAGUUACUGACCAUGCUGUACCCCUUAGUUCAGAAAUACAGGGGUCUGAUAAGCGAUACAGAGAAAAAGUAGCCACUGCCCCUAAGAAAGAAAUUAUCUCCAAAAUCUAUAAAGAUGUAUCUGAAAAUGGUGUAGGUAAAAUGUCUAAAGAUGAUCAUUAUGAUAAAGUGACAGUAUUACACUAUGCUGGAGAUGUUAGUAGUCCAAAACAUGCCGUGUGGAUGCGCUUUACUGAGGACAGAUUAGACAGAGGUAGAGAAAAGUUGAUAUAUGAAGACAGGGUGGACAGGACUGUUAAGGAGGCAGAAGAAAAACUGACUGAAGUAUCACAGUUUUUUCGGGACAAAACAGAAAAGUUGAAUGAUGAACUACAAUCUCCAGAGAAAAAGCAGCAUAAAAAAAAUGGCAAAGAAAUACAUUCUAGUCAGAGGUCUGCCAGUAGCAGCCCUGAAAAGGUACUACUUGCAGAAUUACCAUCAAGUGAUGAUUGGAGUAAAGUGAGACAGUAUGGGCGCAAUGGAAAUUUUUUUCCAAAAUCUGAUGAAAGAAGAGCAGCCAGUUUGCCCAGCAGUCCUGAAAAAAGGAUUUUUGUACAACAAAUAGAGGACUGUAAACAAACUAUGGAACACAAAGGAAAUGCUCAACAGACUGGCAUGCCUGAAGCUUCACAGGCUGGAUUUCAGCUCAAGCAAUCAAAACUCAGUUCCAUUAGACUUAAAUUUGAACAAAGUAUAAGCCCAAGAACCAAAGACCUACCUCAAGAAGAGAAAGAGCAAGCUAGUCAGUCCAAAAUUCCAGUAAAGAAAUUACAAGAAAGCAAGCUACCAGUGUACCAGCUUUAUGCAAGGGAAAAGCAGGCAAAGCAAAUAGAUGUCACGGAUGGAAACGUGGCUUUGCAAAAAGAAAUUAAAAUGAAAGAAGAUAACGUCCAAGGUAAAGGAAGAGUUAUAGAAGACCUUUCUGCUUCAGAUGUACAGAAACAGAAAACUGAAACAUCAAGCAAAAACAUGCCAGAACAUUUUUUGGAACAGCAGGCUAAAAUUUUUUCAUACAGCUCAGACUCACCAAUGAAGGGACACUGGGACAAAAAAAUCUAUAGAACUUGGGAGAGUCCUGGAGCUUCUAAUUAUAAAACACAGAAAGAAAAACACUCGCAUAUACUUGUUCCAGAUGCAGUAAAAGAAAACCAUAUUGAUCAUGCUGAUGAGAACACUGAGAAAAAGAGUGAAUUUAUCACUGUGACAGAGUGUGAACAGAAAUUGUCAACAAAUGGAUCUCAUUCAGAGGAGGUGAAGGAAGUGACUGUGAAAUCCCCAUCAAAAAAGGUUCUGUACAGAGAGUAUAUUAUCCGAGAAGGGGAAUGUCCCAGUGAAACAGCUGAUAACAUUUCAAAGAGAAAAGAAGACUUGACUAUGUCCCACAUUCCAGUCAGAAUUGCUGAGGAGAAGACUGUCCUUGAUCAGUCCAAAAGCACCAUUUAUGAACUGUCAGCUAAAGUGUCCCAGUCAACUAUGCUUAAGGAGCAAGUUGAAAGACAAUUUGAUUAUGCAGAAGAUGAAAAAAUAAAACAUUCAGAAAUCAGUAAAGUUACCAAGCAACAAGGUUCUUCCAUAGGGUUAAGUCCUCCUGUGGAGGAAACUGAAAUAUCCCAUAGCAAAUCACCUGAUUCUUUAGAAUUUACUCCUGGAAAGGAAUCUCCUUCGAGUGAGUUAUUUGACCCUAGCGCCAGUGAUUACUUGGAUAAAGUUUCACCUUUAGUAAAUACUGAGGGAGUGAAAGAAAUAAAGACUUUACCUGUCUAUGUCAGUUUUGUUCAAGUAGGAAAGCAAUAUGAAAAAGAGAUGCAACAAGGAAAUGUGAAAAAAAUUAUAAGUCAGGAAAGUAAGACAAUACAAGAGACAAGGGGAACAUUUUAUACAGCUAGACAGCAAAAACAGCCUCCUUCUCCACAAGGUAGUCCAGAAGAUGAUACAUUAGAACAAGUAUCGUUCAUAGAUAGCUCUGGGAAAAGCCCUCUAACCCCAGAAACCCCCAGUUCUGAGGAAGUGAGUUAUGAGUUUACCUCUAAAACACCUGACUCACUAAUAGCUUAUAUACCAGGCAAGCCCAGUCCCAUACCUGAGGUUUCUGAGGAAUCGGAGGAGGAAGCAGAGGCCAAAUCAACCUCUAUAAAGCAGACAGCGGUGGAGGAACCAAAAAUUGAUAAAAUUAUGCCUAAUAAUAUAAACAAAGACUCUAACAAAAGACCAAAAAGUAACAGAGUUGCCUACAUUGAAUUCCCACCUCCUCCACCAUUAGAUGCAGAUCAAGCAGAGUCAGAGAGGAAGCAUCAUUAUUCCCCUGAGAAUGAGGUGGAUAUGAUAGAAGUAAAUCUACAAGAUGAACAUGACAAAUAUCAACUGGCUGAACCAGUGAUAAGAGUUCAGCCACCUUCUCCUGUGCCACCUGGAGCAGAUGUCAGUGAUUCCAGUGAUGAUGAAUCUCUGUACCAACCAGUUCCAUUAAAAAAGUAUACUUUUAAACUAAAAGAAACUGAAGAUGACCAGAAGGAAGCCUCAAAACCUAAAUCCCCUGAAAAGAGUGAGAAACAGGAAGAGUUAGGCCAUCCUACUUCUGGGAUACCCAAUGAGUUUGACAUUGGCCUUGAUUCACCUCAGAAUGAUGUAGUGCAAAAUGGGAACAAUGACCAGUCUGUCACUGAGUGUUCCAUAGCAACUACUGCAGAAUUCUCUCAUGAUACAGAUGCAACUGAAAUUGACUCUCUUGACGGUUAUGACUUACAAGAUGAAGAUGAUGGUUUAACUGAGAGUGAUUCUAAACUUGCAUGUCCUGCUGUAGAAACCAAAAAGGAUAUUUGGACUACAGAGGGCAUCUUAAAGCAGACUGAUCGUUGCUUCAGUCAAAGCAAGCUUGAAGUUAUUGAGGAGGAAGGAAAGGUAGGCACUGAAGAGGACAAGCCACCUUCAAAAGUUCCAGCUUCUGAAAAGAAUUCAGAUAAAACUGAACAGAAGUCAGGGGCUCAGUUUUUCACAUUAGAAGGCAGGCACCCUGACAGAACUGUGUUUCCUGAUACGUAUUUCAGUUACAAAGUAGAUGAAGAAUUUGCAACCCCUUUUAAAACAGUAGCUACCAAAAGUCUAGAUUUUGACCCAUGGUCCAAUAAUCGAGGAGAUGAUGAAGUGUUUGAGACUAAAUCCAGGGAUGAUGAGGCUAAGCCAUUUGGUCUGGCAGUGGAAGACCGAUCUCAAGCAACAACACCAGAUACAACUCCAGCCAGAACUCCAACAGAUGAAAGUACUCCAACUAGUGAGCCCAACCCCUUCCCAUUUCAUGAAGGGAAGAUGUUUGAGAUGACUCGCAGUGGUGCAAUUGACAUGAGCAAGAGGGAUUUUGUUGAAGAAAGACUCCAAUUUUUUCAGAUUGGUGAGCAUACUUCUGAAGGGAAGCCAGGGGACAAGGGGGAAGGGGAUAGUACAGUCACUGCCAUCACACAGCCACAGUCAGGGGACAACACUGUAGAAACAAACCUAGAGAGAGGAGUAGAAACAUCAGCAGUUGAACAUAAGCCCAUCAUCCAGGCCAGUGGAGAUUGCAUGGAAGCAACACUUGGUAGUAACUCACUGGAGAAAUCGUCAACAGCUGUUAACACUUCUAAAGUUGAUCCCAGAUUGCGUACACCAAUUAAAAUGGGAAUUUCCGCUUCCACCAUGACUCUGAAGAAAGAUGGCCCUGGAGAAGUAACAGAUAAGAUAGACACUAUGAUGCCAAGUUGUCAGGGAUUAGAAACUGAAAACAUAGCAGUGAUUACAAGUUCAGCUACUAUCCAGACAAGCUGUAGGCAAACCGAGGCACAUGAUUUUCCAAAAGAUAAUUUUAAUAACAACAACAAUUUGGAUUCAUCCACUAUCCAUACAAAUAAUAUUGCCAGUAAUGUAGUACUAAAAGAACAUUCUGAACCCAAAUGUUCCACACACAAAGCUAAUCAAAUGAAAAGCACUUCAGGAAAAGGUGCAGGGGCAACGCAAGGACACAAAAUAAGAGAUAAGCAAAAAGUACUUGGAGAACAGCAAAAGUCAACAGAGUUGGUAGGAAGUAGAGCAAAAUCAAAACUUCCCAUAAAGGCCAGCUCAGUAAAAGAAGUCUUCCCACUAAGUAAUCUUCAAAACAAUACAGGGAGUAAAAUGAAACGGGCCACUAAACCUGACAAAAUAAAGCAAAAUGUUUCUGCUCCCUGUCUAGAAGUAAGAUCUAAGAUUCCAGUAAAAAAUACGUAUAGGAAUAAUCUAGCUAGAAAAACUCCAGCAGUGCAAAAGCAAGAGCAGUUAGAAAAAGGAAAAAUGAAACAGCUUCCUUCUAAAUUACCAAUAAAGGUAAGAUCUACCUCCAUCACAAUGACAACGGUUAAAGUAAAAAAAAAUCAGCUUAGGGAGGUAUGUAAACAUUCUAUUGAGUAUUUUAAGGGAAUUAGUGGUGAGACAUUAAAACUUGUGGAUCGUCUCUCUGAUGAAGAAAAAAAGAUGCAGUCAGAGGUGUCUGAUGAUGAAGAAGACAGUACAUCAAGAAACGCAUCAUUAUCAGAAGCCACUCAAGUUUACCAGCCUUCCAUUACAUCGAAGUCUGCUAGAGAUAUGAGAACAGAGGCAGCAUCUUUAAAAUCAAAGAUUGAAAAGGCCGACAGUGAGAGGAGGAGGAGGAGUAAGAGGACUGGUCCACAGAGUCCAUGUGAGCGUACCGAUAUAAGGAUGGCAAUUGUAGCUGAUCACCUGGGACUUAGCUGGACAGAACUGGCAAGGGAACUGAAUUUUUCUGUGGAUGAAAUUAAUCAAAUACGAGUAGAAAACCCAAACUCGCUGAUUGCUCAGAGCUUCAUGUUAUUAAAAAAAUGGGUUACCAGAGAUGGGAAAAAUGCUACAACUGAUGCCUUAACCACUGUAUUGACAAAAAUUAAUCGAAUAGACAUUGUGACCCUGUUGGAAGGACCAAUAUUUGAUUAUGGAAAUAUUUCAGGCACCAGAAGCUUUGCAGAUGAAAAUAAUGUUUUUCAUGAUCCUAUCGAUGGUUACCCCACCAUUCAAGUGGAACUGGAAACUCCCACUGGGUUGCGCUUCGUACCACCCACCCCCUUCCAACAAGAUGAUUUCUUUAGUAAUAUCUCUAGUAUAGAGUCACCCCUUAGAACUCCUAGUAGACUGAGUGAUGUGUUAGUAACUUCACAGGAGAAUAUAGAUGGUACAGCAACAGGACCACCAGUGGUGACUGAAGAAGACACAACACUGGAAGACAGCAAAUUCAAUUUCUCAGUGCCUAGAGAAGGAACAGUUAAAAAUAUUUCCACAGGCCAGAGCCAGUUGGAGGACCUUGAUGAUUAUCCACGGUAUCUUGGUAUUUAUGCUGGGAUGACGAAAGAUGAUAAGUACUCAAAACAAAUGCAGGGUGAAGAGCCUAGUCAAAGAGGAGUGAGAAUUGAACAGCAUGAGAGAGAAAAGUCUGGUACUGAUGAGGAGAUGACAGAAGAAAAGCUUAAAUCGCUAUUUGAGGACAUUCAUCUUGAAGAAGGAGUUGAGUCAGAGGAGAUGACAGAAGAAAAAGUAUGGUCUAUUCUUAAAGAUGUUCAGCAAGCAGAACAGGAAAUGUCUUCCAUUACAGGUUGGCAGAGUGAGCCAUCAAGUGUCAAUGUUGAGCCACCAACACCAGGACGCAGAAUAAGUGGUGAACUACUAGAUCGGCUAGAUGACAGCCUGGACCAAAAAAGGGAUUCUGUUCCCUCAUACCUUAAAGGAGAAGCUGGGAAGCUUGAAGCAAAUGGAAGCCACACAGAAUCAACAACAAAUGCAAAGACUAAAUCAUAUGUUCAAGAGUCUGUAAAUGGUGUGGGAAAACAGAGCAACAAAGAAACUCUGAAACCAAAACCCCAAAGUUCUGUUUGUGUAGAAAAGCAAACAUUACCAUCCACAACCCAACAGAAAUCUUUGGAAGAGGCCAGCAAACUAGCAGUAGAAGAACCUAAAAUAUCCAUGCCUGUAGGCAUGAAGAUGAGCUGGACUACAUCUGAAGAUGGCAAGAUGAGACCAAACAUUCAGGAAGAGGAGGGAGCAGUAAUGUCUGAACAAAAGGGUGAGGAAGCUAAAAACAUUCCCGGUGAAUCUGUAACGGAAGAACAAUUUACUGAUGAAGAAGGCAACGUCAUCACAAGAAAAGUAACCCGGAAAGUAGUAAGACGUGUUGUUAUCCCGCAUGAGAAGAGAGUUGGUGCAAUGGUAAUUGGUUGGAGACUACCAGGAAAUAACAGUAGAGAAUGAGGGUUGUGGUAACUAGCUAAAAAAUGCUGCUGAAGGGCUGGAAAUUUGCAAUUUAACAUCAAGCCUUGGCAAAGUUUAGUGCUUGCUUUGUUGACAAGUUGUGCAUCUGGAUGAAGAUAGGACAUGGUGUUACCUUUGUAACAUUUGAUGAUGGGGUUUAUUUUCAAAGAAGGUUCUUUUUAGUUCAUCAUUAGUGACAAUCCUUUUCACCCAAAGUAUAAGGGUUUGCUUAUUUUAAAUAUUAAAGUUUAAAAUAUAAGGACUGGGUCUGAACACUCUUCUUUGUUCCCAACCCCCAAACCAAGUAUUUCCAUAUAUGUAUUUUUAUUUACCUUCCAGGAUCUUUAUCCUCCACCAGAUACCCAAUAAAGUUCAAAACAUAUCCAAGGGGAGGCCUGAUCCUUCAGCCACUUACCUAAGUAGUCACCUGUAGGACUACUUAAGUGACUAAAUGAUUGCAGGAGCCAGUGUGCUGUGAAUGUUUUUGAAUUAGAAUAGUUUGCACAAAAGGGGCAUGUCCCCAGAUAUAGGGGGAUGCGCUUGCAGCAGCAAAAAAAAGUAGCAGCACAAAUUUGUGCCAGUACAUUUUGCCACUGCACACGCUCCUACAUGUGCACUUUGGUGCAGAACAAAAUGCCCCACUUCAGGGGCAACUGCCACUUCCCUGCUUCUUCUGGCUCCCAGCAGAGCUGAACUAGAGGAUGGGGAGAUCCUCUGGCCAGCAGCCAAAGUGUCUCCUGGUGGGGAUCAUGCCUCUGUGCCUGCCAACACAUGCUCCUGUGGUGUGUGCUGCACUGCUCUUUCUGGUGGUGGUUUUGGGGGGGUGGCUACUGGAAUUUCCUAGUAGAAACUUUUGCCUCCAUGCUGCAAAUUUGCAGUGUGAAGUACGUUUUAACAUGCAGGGCAUGCGGUUUGUGGUGUUGUAAAGGGGAACCAGCCAGGGAAUGUCAGGAAAGAAUGUUUGUCCUUGGCAGCCAAAAUCCAAGUCCUUCCUAGGGACCAUUUUGUGCCAGCUUCUCUGCAGCUGUAUAAGGAAAGCAGGGCUAGAAGUGCUUUGGCCCUCCCGAACAAAUGAUACAGGAGCCACUUACAACUGUAAUCCUUGCACUCCUUGGAGCUUAAGAACUGCUCUCUCUAUAUUCCCAAUGAGGUAUGCAUCAUCCUAUAAUGGCUCAGAGACAGAAAGGCAGGCUUAUUCCCUACCCCUACAUGUACUUAAAAAGAUACACAAAAGCUUGCUUAGUAAUUGUUUUCCGACUAUUUAAGUUGGUUUAAUAAAAGAUAUCAGAUGCACCCAAAGAACCUAUGUCCUUAGACCAACACAACUACAACCUACACCCCUGUAUACAGAUACACAUUCUCCCAUCCAGAAGAGAUGACAGCAAGCACAGAAGAAGAUAUAAUGCACCUUUGAAAAAAAAUAGCACACUCCUCUUGGGAGGCUGUAACUGUCUCUACAUUCUCAAAUAUAGGCUUUACUUUAGAGAUGCUAGUGAAGCUGCAGGCUACCCAAGCCAUGUGUCAGUUUUAAAAUUAUCACUGAUGUCAAGGGAACUUUUCUCCCCCCCCGAAAGUACCACAAGGAAAGAGGAAAGGAAAAAGAGAAAUCACAAUUUCAGAUUUGACUCAAAAGGCUCAGGAACGACUGCCUUUGCGCAGGGUUUAGACUGGUCAGUCUGCCUGACUAUCCUUCCAUCCCCUUCUCAGUUCUUUAAUCCUCUCAAACAACAGGAUUCUGUUUAGGUAUUAAAAAUGGACUUGUAAUUUCCUUUGAAAUAAAAUAGUUAGAAGCUACAGUUAUGCACACGUUGACAUAAAAUCACCCACAAGAAUAAAUUCCACUGAUAGCCCAUGCAACAUAUACCUCAAUCUGAUGUGAACUGAGGCAUUAAUUUGUAGAAGAAUAUUGAAUUAUUUUAAAUUAAUUUGAAAUAACUUCCCUUUAGGCCUGCUCUUUUAAAAUGCAAGACUGAAACCUGCACUACUUGUCACUUCCCUAGAGUUUAUUUCUUCUGCUGUGCUUUGGUGGACUUUUUUGCUGGCUUCUCCAUCCAUGCCCUUUCUUCCAUUACUAACCUACUCACUCUAAAGCACAGUUGUUGUGAGAUAUCAUAACCACAAAGGCCUAAAUCUUCAAAAAUGUUGGCUUAAUCUGGGUGCCCACCUGCGACACCUAGUGGUUCAACUUUUUUCCGUGAGUGAUCAGCAUGCACAAAUCCAUCACAAGUGCAGAAGGUCAUCCCUAGAAAUUUCAUGGUGGGCACCUAGUAAGAGAUACCUCAAAGGAUUGAUAUUUUUGAAAAUUUAGACUUGUAUUUUCCAGUUUAUUGUAUAUUUUAGAUAAUAAUUCAAGCCUGUGCUUUUAGCAGCUCAGUGUGGUAAAGGCUGUAGGUUGUGUGCGUCUUUGAAAUGAAGUGUUAAUGUGAUCCAACUGUUUUUUACUUAUCCUAUUACAGCUACAUGGGACCUGUUUAGAAGCAGGUUUAUCAUUACAAACCCUUUCUGCCUAAUGUGUUGAUAUUUAUCCCUCUUUA